AGUAUUAAUAAUUUACUUUCACUCAGAUUAAAACAAUAAUAUAUUUUCGAGAUUAACUUAACUAAAAUUUUAAGAUGGCUGUCUCCUGAAAGGAAAGAAGAAAAUGAAUGGAUAAAGGAAGAGGUUAGCAUAAGUCAGCCAUGUCUGCAGUGGCUAUUUUGUCCUGUCAGCCAAAUUCACAUCCAUUUCGUGAGCGACAUAUAUCGCUUCAUGAACCAGUCAAGAUUGGCAGAUCUGUAGCCAGGGCUAGACCAGCGAACAACAAUGGCAUUUUUGAUUGCAAAGUUUUAUCCAGAAAUCAUGCCAUGCUUUGGUAUGAGAAUGGCACAUUCUACCUCCAAGACACAAAAAGCAGCAAUGGUACAUUCAUUAACAAUCAACGCCUCUGUAAAGGGGGAGAGGAGAGCUCCCCUAGAGAGGCAUAUUCUGGGGACCACAUACAGUUCGGUGUUGAUGUGAUGGAAAAUAACAGAAGAGGAGAAAAAAUAACUCAUGGGUGUAUAAUAGCCACCAUAACAUUGUUUCAUCCGGAUGGCAGGGAAGCAAAGAAUAUCUACACUGAUGGACACUUUGCCAACACUGUUACCCCAGGUUUCACUAUACAGUCUCAGGAACUUUACCAAUUAGCCCAGUAUUUACAGGAGGCCUUACACAGAGAAAAGAUGUUAGAACAGAAAUUUAGUACAUUACAACAGUUGUUAAACAACACACAGGAAUCUUCAGAAGAUGGCUGGCAGGCUUUAAUUGAUGAAGACAGACUAUUAUCCAGACUUGAGGUGCUAGAAAAUCAACUACAUACAUACUCAAAAAAUCAUUCAGAAGAUGCUUUAAGACAAGAAGUUGUGACACUUCAAGAAGAAAAGUUACAGUAUGAAACGACUGCUAAGGAAUCUUUAAGGAGAGUUUUACAAGAGAAAUUAGAAGCUGUGAGAAAAUUAUCAGAUUUAGAGAGAUCAUUACAUAACACAGAAGAAGAAUGUACUCAUCUGAAAGAUAUGUGUGAAAAAUCACAAGAAGAGUUACAACAACUGGCAGAAAAAUAUCAGGAUCAACUCAAAGAAGUGUCAAAUAUUCAGGGGCAACUACAGGAUGCAGAGAAUAAUCAUUUGGAAGAGAGAGAAAAAUUUGACAAAGAAAAAACUGACCUCAUGGAAAAAAUAGAAGAUCUUAUGAAAGAGGAGAGCAUUUUAUCAGCAAAGAUGGAGGCAUUGCAGUCAGAUAAUGAUAUAGCAAGGGAAGAAAUAGCUUCAUUAAAAGAAAAAUUAGAAUCAAUGAAAGAACCAAACAAUCAUGAGAAAGAUUUGGAUGAAAAGACAGAUGAUGAUGAAACAGAAGAUAAAAAUACUGAUGAGAAAAAAUUGUUAAAUUCUGAUACAUCAGAUGAAACAUCAAUGAUUAUACCUACAAGUCUUAAAGAUUUAGACCCUGAAGAAUCUGAAAAUAAAUUGAAAGAAUUACACUACGAAAUAGAAAAAUACAAAGCAAAAAUGGAAGACUCUGAAACAAGACUAAAGGAAAGUGGAGACAAAGUUGAACAAUUACAAAAAGACUUAGAAAUAGCACAGUUGGAUACUAGGCAGUAUGUGGCAAAGAUAUCUUCUUUAGAAGAAAAGCUUAAGCUGUCAGAUUUACACAUGAACCAAAUGAUGGAGAAUACCAUGUCUGACUUAAAAAGUGCAGUUAUUGAUGAUGUGCAAUUGAAAGAAUCUCACAAACAGGCUGAUGGCAGUAACACACUAAUUAAAUCUUUACAAGAUCGAGUAGUGAGUUUGGAGUCUGAGUUAGUUAAUAUACAGACCACAGAUAAGGCUGAUAUGACAGUUGUAGCCUCAAGCUUUGAUCAGACUUUGAGUAAUCACCUAGAUGAUUCAGACCUAACUGAUUCUGGCCUUGAAGAUGAUGAUAAUUUGAAAGAACUACUUAGAGGAGCUAGACAACUACAGAAGAGAGCUGAGGGGGAACUGACCAAGUGUAAAGAUGAAUUAGAUGACACUAGAGCAAGGGUCCAAAAGAGUGCUGACGAGGCCAUUCUACUUAAAUCCAAAUUAACAGAUGUUCAAAAGAAUGCUGAUGAGAAGUCUGAAAUGGUAGUAGAUCUUCAAGAACAAUUAAAGAAAGCUGAAACUACAACAAAAGAAGUAAAACAACAGAUAUUAGAUUUACGAGAUCAGUUACUGGAAGAACAAUCACAUACCAAGACUAACCAAGAGGAUUUAGUUCUAACUAAAAAAAAUUUAGAACAAGAGAAAUCCAAACACAAGGACACAAGAAAAGAGCUGGAAGAAGCAAAACGCACCUUGUCAGAAACACAGCAAUCUGCAAAACAAAAUCACAACGAAUCAGAACAACUCAAAAACAAGGUACGUCAUCUUCAGGAACGCCUUGACUUAGAUAGGAAAGAACGAUCCAGAGAAUCACAUCAUUCUCGACUGACGCACUCAGACUCCCAUCCGGGUUCUCAUACUAGCCCCAAUGUCAAACAUCGAGGUAAUAUCAUUGCUGAUUUUGCUGCCUUGAAAGAUGAGUGUGCCAGUUUGCGUAAAAGGAUUCAAGCUAUUGAAGCAGAGAUGAAAAUGUCAAGGAAAGAGAACCUUCAGCUUUCUUCUGAGUACAACAAACUCCAAGAAUCUUAUAAACAAUUAGAGGCCUUAAAACAAAAACUAGAAACAAAAGAAGCUGUGUGGCGGUCGAACAUGACAGACUCGCAGAAAGAAACUGACCUUGCCAAACAGGAGGUGAGGCGCAGUCCAAGGGGCAGACAACCCAUUAUGGGAGGUCGCCUAAAAACGUCUGGAGUAACCAAGCCUACUUUGAAAAGUGUUUCUUCUGAUCCUAAGUUGUCGUUGAAGUUGUGUGAAGCCCAUGAGGAGAUAGCCAGUCUUAAAUCACAAUGUGAAACUUAUUCAGUGAAAAAUGGAGAACUGAAAAGUGAAAUAGCCAAUAUGGCUGAAGAAUAUAAGCAGCUAUCAGAUAGAAGCAAAGUGCUAUCAUUUUGCUCAAGUAUACCAUUACUGAUGUUACUAUUUGCUGUUCUCGUAGCAUUGUAUCCCACAUUAGCACAAAUUACUGGAACAACACCAUAAUCAACAUCAUGUGAAUGUUUGUAAAGGAGGUCAUAAUCAUCCGAGUGUUUGAAGACAUAGCUGAAAAUGUUUGCAUGUGAUACUAUUCCAUAUGUAUAUAAUACAUUUGUAUAUGAGUUUGAAUGUUUGAGUAGAGUAAAUGUGUUUUCUAUGUGUAUAUUAUGUGCUUUUGAGAUGUACAAUGUGUUGAUACAUAUAUUGUAAGAGUCGUGUAUGUGAAUGAACAUGUUAUACUUCAAUAUAUAUAUAUGUUACUCUAGUUUAAUUUUUUUAAACAUAAACUAUAAGCAAUAGUAUUUAUAAAUAAAGUGCUAUAUUACAAUAACUUAAAAAGUAUAUAAUGAUAUAAACUUGUAUAGAAGGAACUCUUAUCUAUUUUGUUUUGGAAAAAAUAGUUGUUUUUGUAUAUAAUUUGAAACGGUACCAUCAUAACUCUUUUAUUACCCAUACUGCACUAAGAAAAUAUUUGGAGGGAGUUAAUGCCGCAGUGUUCCAGCUAGACCCCAUUCUCAGGGCACAAUAGUUUCCCUUCAUUUUGCACACCCUGUGUCCUUUUUCCUAUUCUUUUUAGGAAUUAAGAUUGUUUGGCUAAUGUUUCCUUCUUUGAAAUCCAUUUACAUCUUCCAAGUGCCCCAUUUCCUAUUUAGAUUAUGCCCUACAGAGCACUUAUUUAUAUUUAGACCCUACUCUUCUUAAAUGAUAGCUGUUUUUUUUUUAGCUGGAACACUGAAUGGUUUGAAAAUGAUCACAUAUCAUUAUGCUUUUGUUGUAAUUAUUUUAUUUGUUUCAACUGUUGAUUUACAUUUAAACAAUCUGUUUUGUUAUCUUUAUGUCAAAAGAGGCAUUGGUUUUUGUAACUGUGCUUGUUGAAAUAUAGUGCUAAAUGAAGGAUAUGUGCUGAGACUGUUAACUAUGUUUUUCCUUAUAUGGUACAAAUGUUAUAUUGUGUGUGUGAAUUCAACUGUCUGCUCUAAAACAAAUUAAAAUUAACAAUAAACUUAAAUUCCUAAGUAGACAUUUUGAAAAGUAUAUCAUUUAAGACCAGAAUAAAUUUCCGUAUAUUAUCAUAAUUUUUGGAUAGCUUCUUUCUCCUUUGUUAAAACUAGUUCUAAUUUCUAAUUGCAGUCUUACAAGUUUCUUUGUUAUGUCAUUAAAUUUCUUAAAUGCUAGAUAUAUACUGAUAAAAAAAAGUAUUCAGUUUAAUAGAUUUUCUAAAACACAUAAAAAAAUACAGUUCCAUUAAAAGCAUUUUAAGAAAUUUAUCAAAUGCAUAAAAUAUUCCUAAAUGAUAUUGUUAUUCACAAUAAAGGUAUUAGAAUCCAGGACAGUUGUACAUGUUAAAUUGAUUUCUGUGAUAGAAUGUUUGUUAUUUGUAUGUUAAACUGCAGAAAAUUGAAACUUUUGUUUGUAAAAAAAAUCAAACAAGUAAGGUAAGUUACUGGGGGAAAUCUAUAAAUAGAAGAGGGAAUAAACAAACAAGUAGAGAACAUAAUGAAUUUUGAUAUUCAUUUUAAAAAAGUAAAAACUUUUCUCUGCUGAAUGAUGUUGAGGGUAACCAUAAGUGACAUUGUUUCAAUUUUCUGUGGUAGAGUUUGUUAAAUAAAGGAAUAUUAUAUCCUUUGAUUUGACAAUUUAUUCUUUCAUUUGUCAUUAUACUGAUAUUCAGGGUGACAUUUGAUAUAAGUAGGUGCAGACUAUUUGUCAGUAAACAUCUGUUAAUAACAAAACAAUUCAAUAUAUAAAAUUUCUUAAAAAAACCCCAUCUGUUAUUUAAAACGUGCUUACAUAAAAAAUAAUUAUUGUAAAUGUUGAAAGACAUUAAUCAAAUGAUUUUAAUAAAUUUUAAAUUAAUAGAAUAAUAGAAAUGGAUCCGAGGUAUUUGGUUUAUUGUUUGUAGAGUCUUUUAAAUCAUUAAAGAUGGUUAUUGACAAAUUAUUUGUAUGUGCUGGCGCUAUAGUUCCACUCAGGUCCGUGUAGAUAGGAAAUUUCAUUAUGUCGACUGUUUUGAAUGUUGUUGUUAUUUUAUAAAUUGAAGUAGGUCUACUUAAAUGAAGGGAUGAAAAUGAAAAUUACUUUGGUAACAUAAAUGGGGGUUUAUCUUUUUUUUUUAUUAUUAAUUGUUAUUUCCAUUACAGUUGCUUGUAGAGUGUAUGAUCCAAUAUACACUGCUAUGUUGCUUAUAAUUUUUUGCACAAUGAUUUAACCUUUAACCAAGUGAUAGCAUAGUUAGGCUGGUUCAAUAUCAAUGUUAUACAUUCAUUUUGUACAAAAACUUGAGAGGGGAUUGAGGAGUAAAUUUUUCUGGAGUGGUGGUCUCUAAUUGAUUGAGAAUGGGUGUAGGUUAGAGUGGUUUAACAGACAUGUAUCUUUGUGGUUAACUAAAAAUGUAUUUGCUUUUAUUCUAUCUAGCUGCAAAAUCAGUUAUAAUUUUUUUUUGUUAGAUUUUCAGCGCUUUGUGACAUUUAUUAGGAAGCCAAUAUAUAAUAUGUUUUAUCCUACUUUCAUACUUUUCUAGAAUAUCCAGCUUUCUUUGUGUAUAAAUAUUAUAUGUACAAGAAUUAUUCUGUUGCCAAAGUAAUGUAUUUAUGAAAUUGUUGUUUUUGUUAAUACAUUUGUACCAUAAUUGUUAUUUACUUUCUAUUUGAGUGUUAUCCUGGGACUUAUAUGGAAUCAAAGUUUAAUUUGUUGGAAUUUUACCCAGUUAAAGCCUGACUAAUUUGAAUAUUAACCUACAGUUACUGAUUUGAAUCUCAUUUUGGAGUUGGGAAAGCUUUUUUUUUUAAUAGUAAAUGAAAAAAUAUAUAAUUAGAUUUCAUUAAACAGAUUCCAUGUAUAUUUAGAAUAUUUACCAUGUUUUUUUAACAACGAUUGGAAAGAUAUGAAGUAUCCUAAUCUCAUCAUAAAAUGUAGCAAGUCCCACAUAAUAACUAGUUUGUUAUUUUAUGACUGUCUCCUUUUUGUCAAUUUAAGUGUCCAGCAUUUUGUGUGUAAUUGUAUACUAAUUUAAUUAUAUUUGUUGUAUAUCUUUAUAACAAUCACCACUUCUCUUAAAAAGGGCAGUAUUUUCCUGUCUGACUUUUUCUGUUAAAUUAUUGGACUUAAUCUACUCAAGACUUAAAGGACUUAAGGAAUAUAGACUUUUAGACAUGUUAUGGAAUUGUAUGUGUGUGAUCAUGAUUAAUGUGUGAUUUAUUGAAAGUAAUGUCUUCCAUACAUAAUUUGUAUUUUCCAUUACACAUCACAUGUAUGUUGUGAUCAGGCCAGUUAAAGGGAACAAUAUUCCUGUUGGAUAAAACAUCAUCAACAUUUUCAUAAAUAUUCACAUGUUAAAUCCUUCUUUUAAUAAUAAUUUGUUAAGAUAUUUUAAAUCAUUCAGUUAACAUAGAAGCAUCUAGAUUGUGUACUUGAGUUAUUAUUACAUUGUGUACGUUCUGUGUGUCCCAAAGAUCCAUUAGAAAAUGUGUGUUAUUAAAAAAAAUUAUAGGAAGAAAAUUUUGUCAUGUGCCAUUAAAAAUCCCAAAAUCAUAGAUAUUUAUCCUUUUGAAUAAUAUAAAACUGUCUCCUAUAUUUUUUUUGGUCAGUGCAUUCAUUUUCUGUUCCCAUUAAAACAAAUUGUGUCAGAAAAAAACAUAUUUACACAGGUGCUAGCUGUUGCUCAAAAAAAAAGAGAUAAGUUAUAUGUACAAUAAAUAAAUUUAAAUACAGAAAUGAAUAAAAGUUGUUUUCUUAAAUUCAAAUGCAACAUUAACAUUUACAUUUUCAUCAAAAAUGCUAUUCUAGUUAACUGGGACACACAGUGGCUUGACAUAUCUAGUAUAUAUAGAUCGACCCUCACUGAGAAUGACAUUAUGCAUAAUAUAAGUCAACAGACAUUCAUUUUACUAUUCAUCAAAGUAUAGAAUUACAACUUUUAUUUUCUAGAAAUUCAUAAUUUUUAUCGCUUUCAGUGUCCUCCUUGUUUACUACAUGUAUUAUUAAUUUCCUGAAUAUUAUAAACAGAAAAUUGAAAAUGUCAAUAGAAUAGGCCCCAGAUUUAAAGAAACAGAUCUUCAUAAUUCCUUCCAUUAAUUUAGACUUGGAACAUAAUCUUUACCAGUGCUAAAUGUGUUAACUUGUUUUAUGCAUAAAACCCUGAUGUUUUUGUGUAAGAAUCGGCAUGGUGUAUUGGUAAUUUUCGGGCCACCUUAGUUUCUUCCUUUUGGUGAAGGGGCUUAUGUGGUGGCAGGCACUUUGUUAUAUCUGCUUCUGAAGCCUAAUAUCAUUUCUCAAAGGUAAAGGUUCAUAGUCUAUAACAUCAUUUUUAAACCCUAUAGUUCUUCAAAUCAAUUACAACAGUCUUCAGUUAUUAGAAAAAUAACAUAGGAGCUAUAGCGAUAAAUAGAAACAUUUUACUGCAGUUAAAAAUUCAAUACACCAUAUUCAAGUUUAGAUGACAUAGAUGGAAUUGAAACAAAUAGCUGUAAUUGGUAUGCAUUACAACAGAAAAUGUAACAUCAUAGGCCAAACAUUGAUAUGUUCAUGUUUCCAUUGAUCAAUGUCAACUUGCCUAAACACUGGGUUUGUCAACUUGACUUAAUUCCUUUUUGCAAAGUCUCUGAACUUGAAAUUGGUGUAUUGUAAUGGAAUUAUUUUAUAUUGGUAAUGUAUAUGUAUAUUGUUUAACCCUUUUCACCAUUUACCAGUGUGAUUAAAAUCACAUAAGAGGGUAUCACUAAUAUUUGACCAUUUUUUUUAUUAAUUAUAUAACUAAGUAGACUGAACCUUUAAUACCUUUUCGCUGAGAAAUAUCAAAGGUUUCUAAGGAGUAAGAAAAUGUUAAAUGGUAAGUUUAAUGUGUGAAGAACUGCUUAUAAAACUAAAAAGCAGCAAUGGUUUAAAACUAGAGAGGUUUUAUUUUUUCACCAUUGAAGAGGUGCUGAAAAUUAGUUUGAAAAAUCGUUUUAGCAUUAAGUUUAAAAAGUAAUAUACAAAAUAACAUAUUUUUUACUUUAGGUUAAUAUGAAGGAACGACCAUAGUCAGACUUCUAUAAUAUGAGUUAAAAUUUCAAUGUGUAUAUGACAGCUGUACUACCAUAUACAUUGUUAUUUUGUACCUUCAAAAUUGUAAGGUUAUUUAAUAGUAGUGAAGAAAGAUAUAGAAUGAAAGGAUUAAAAGACAGCCUGUAUUAUUACUUAAAGCUCCUCUCUUAAUGCUGUAGAUUUUGUUAUUUUGCUGUUUAAUAUAAUGCUUUGUCUGUUGUCUUGUUGAAGCAUUGUACACAAAAUCAGUGGAAUAUUAUGUUUCAGUAUUGAAAUUUAUUUAAAGAGAAAAAGCUGUUCUGAUUCAUUGUAAAAUUCACAUUUUUGUUUAUAAAAGUUUAUUAUUUAAAAUAAACCUAUGCAGAAUGCACCUGGA